AUGGAUAUCCGUCCUGCUCGCGUUGAAGAUUUGGUGGGGAUGCAGCAUUGCAAUCUUAAUAAUUUGCCGGAAAACUAUCAAUUGAAGUACUAUCUUUAUCAUGCUAUAUCUUGGCCUAUGCUCUCUUAUGUUGCAACGAAUCCAAAAGGUAGAAUUGUCGGAUAUGUAUUAGCCAAAAUGGAGGAAGAACCCAAAGACGGAAUUCCCCAUGGACAUGUCACUAGCUUAUCCGUUAUGCGCUCUUAUAGACAAUUGGGCCUUGCAAAGCGAAUGAUGGUUCAGAGUCAAAGAGCUAUGGUUGAGGUAUACGGUGCAAAGUAUAUGAGUCUCCAUGUGAGAAAGAGCAAUCGCGCUGCUCUUCACUUAUACCGCGAUAGUUUGACUUUUGAUGUUCAAGGAAUCGAAAGUAAAUACUAUGCGGAUGGAGAAGACGCCUACGCAAUGCACAAGGACUUGGGCCUUCCUCCUGUGGAAAAUGAUCAAAAUAUUGAGCUUUCUAAUAAGCUCCAAUGCUUAGCUGUCCAUUGA